AUGAAUUGUCUUGAAUCCCAGGUAGCUGACAGUGUGGCCAGUUUGAGCCAUGUAGUCUCGGUUGGAUGCACCGUCUACAGUCCUUCACCUCCGCCCGUUUUUACUGGAUACUCUCUUCUCCUCACGGCUCUAACGAUUCCUGAUGAUGGCAAGAUUACAGCCAUAUACAUAAACCGUAAAGCAUACAAAACAGGCUUGCCAAUCACCAAGAAAGCCGGUGUGGAGCACAAAAUCAACUUCAUUGAGUCCCCAGCUCUGCUUAUUCUUGACAAACUCUUGGAAAAUGAGGGGAGUUUCGACUUUGCUUUUGUUGAUGCGGACAAGAACAACUACUGGAACUACCACAAGAGGUUAAUGAAGCUGGUUAAGAUUGGUGGGAUGGUUAUUGUUCGUGUUAGAGUCCGGAUGAAAUACAAUGUGAUUUUUCAACCUUAUACAUGUAAAACGUGUUGA